GAAAAUUUGUUUCAAAAUGGCCGAUUGAGCUGCACGGAGACGGUGUAAACAAGACAAGUCCAACGCUAGCGCUCACUAAAUAACUCAUUUCUAGAUCUACAACAGGUUAACGAAGUUCAGGUGAACUGUUAAUGCCAUGGUAGGCUUAAAGAUUUGUUUUUAAGUUGGCGAUUGUGGUAAAAACGUAUCCAAGUAGGAGUGUGACUGAGGCGCAUAGCAUUAGCAGCCCUGCUAGAUUUCAAGCAGCCAUGAGCCAAGAUCAUGGCCCAGGCCCACGAGGUUCAUAAACAUGCACAUGUGAAGAAUAGACUGCAGGUACAUUAGUAUAGAUCUCUGAGUUCUAUCUGAGUAGCUGAGUCGACCUGCUGCCAUGUUUAAGAGUGAAUUUCAGGGUGGGGCAUAUGUAGAGGUCUUCAGUUGUCAAGGCAAGGAACCAUUAGCCAAAUGGAAACUGACUGGUGCAGCGUCCAUACACAAGGUCUACGAAAAAGAAGCCAAGAGUUUUGUGCAUGUUUUGGAGGGUGCGGGGACCAGCACUAAGAUACAGCUGCCUAAGGAUGUCAAGCAGACUUUGGCCUUGGUCCAGCGAUUUCUGGUGCUCCAAGUCUUCGUUCCCCUUGGCCAGGAUUUCUCCAUUGAACUUGGUGUGAGCGACAUGGGCAACAACAAGCGACGGUUGUUGUUCUCAACGGCUCAGAAGGAAAUCGCAGCCACACCACUGCAUGCCAAGAUCCCACUGACUGUCGUGAGGAGAGCCAUGUGGCUGAACCUAUGCAUUGACCUGGUCUCCAUGGUCAGUGAGGCGUUUCGAUUGCAGACCUACAAGUCCUUAGACAGCCUCAUCGUCUGCGCCAGCUGCCACCUGCGUAAGGUAUUCACCAUGAAGACCCAGCCACCGGACGAUACGGAUGAUGAUGAUCAGUACGACUGCAACCCACCCACCAACAACAUGGAGCUAGACAGCAUCCCCAGAUCUUGCCAGUUCAGCGCCGACGUGUCGUGUCAGACGCAGGUCCUCAACAUGAACAAACUCAGGCACGCCGAGUUCAAGCUCAAACCAGACAGCAGGCCUGGCUCCUCAACGGAACCAUUGGAUCUGAACUCCAGCAUGAAGGGACGUAGGAACCGGCCUACGCACAUAGCCUUUGGCAGCAAAGUGCCUGUGCCUGCCAUAGGGGCCGGCAAGAAACCAGCGUCGGCUGGCAGUCAGAGAGAGGGCAGUGAGAGUGCCAGCAGUAGAAGCAGUCGGUCCUCCCAUUCCAGAGCACUGAAACAAGAAGGAGAUCCACUAGUGAGCGACAGGAGCGUAUCCGCUAAGAAGGAAGUGGAUAGGUUAACUGUGCACUCGGGCAGCCGUCAGCGACAAGCCUCCGACCCAGGCACUGAGGUAGCUGAUUUAGAAUCAAGGGUGGACAAAGGGACACUCAAAGGCAGCAACACUUGGUCCGCCGGCUUGGAGGCCAGCAAAGAAGACAACUUUGUCCAGCCCCAUCCGCCCCGCCAGAAAUCCGGCGACAAGUCGCGCCGCGUGGUCAAGGUGCGACCAAACAGCGGCAAGCGGGAGCGAGGGGACAGCAUGUCGGCCGGCAGCGACACCAGCACGUCGGGUCGCAGCGGCCACUACGACAGAAGCCGUUACGCGGAUAAUGGUGGCAGCGGCGCGCAGAGGAGAGACUCCGAAGAGUCCAGCGACGCGGACCGACCGAGCCGGGUGUCAGAUGCGGCUAUCUUGAAGUACGCGUCUUCUCGGAUUAAGGCAGGCGCUGAUGUAAAUGUAAACGGGGACGAGAGCAAAGGCUCAGAGAAGCCCAUGAAUAAAAACGGCAACCACCAAGGGGUGCGACCAACCGUGGACAGCCUCUCAGAAAGCGACGAGCUGGCCGGCAGGAGUAACCAGAAAGGGCGGACCCAGCGUCGCAAAAAGAAGGCGGAUCGUCCCCCGCCGCUGAGCCGCAUGGACAGCCUGUCGGAGAGCGAGGAAGGCCAGAGGCAGCGUGGGAAGGGGCGGAGUCACGGCGACAGAGGGGAAGGAGGAGGGGGCGUGGCUAGGAGUGGGAGGCCAGAAAAGAGGGAGGGUGGAGGAUCAUCUCGGAUGGAACAGUUGUCAGAUAUUUCAACCACCACGGAUUCUGGAGUCACAGACUUGCAUUCAGCGGCAACGUCAAGAGGUGCAGAGGAGUCCAGGGACCAGACCAGACCCAAACCGCCUAAUACAUCAAGACACGGCAACAAGCAGUCAAGGGCAGAGGGGAAUAAGUCCUCCAACGAUCCCCUGGCCAAAGGCAAUGGGAAGAUCUAUACCUUCACCUCCCCACCCAGAUCAGCCCCGCUCAGACCCAUCGAGAGAAGCAGACAUCUGGAGCCCAAGAAACUACAGUUACAAAAGAUCUCGGAGGGCCCACCCCGGAUUUCACCUACGCCCCCACCAGCGGACGAUGACCGCCCCUCCCCCCGCAACUCAUCACCAUCGGACCGUCUCAACGGAGAAGGCGGCAGGACUCGGUAUAAUGCCAUCUUCAGGAGAACGCCCAGCCCCAGACAGAUACGCUCGCUUCAGCUGAGCUCAUCAGGAGAAUUCUCAGAUCACAAGCGUAAUGACGUGGACUCCCCAAAGCCCACGGCAAGCAUGUCCCCGCAACAGACCAGGAAGUCACUACUCACGGCCAGCGCCCUGCAGUCUCACUCGCGGGCAUCGGCCGCCUCGCCGGCCCGGGGUUCCUUGUCCAGACUCAGCAUCCACUCCAAGAAACUCCGAGAGAUUCCCAAGGAUGAUCCAAGAUUGUCUGAUGACUAUGACUGGAUGAAGUACCAAUCCAACAACUCCUCCUUAGCCUCCUCCCUGGAGGCCAACAUGCUGGCUAGUCUCCGUCGUCAGCAGCUGGAGGAGAUGUACGAGGAAGACCCUAACGAUGAGCGGCAGCAAGCCAAUAACAGCUUCGACAUCCAUAACUAUGGCGACGAUGACCUGAGCAGCUCCAGCGACGACACGGCUACCACUUACAGCACCUUCAAGCCGCCGGAUGCCCUACAGAAGGCUCACCGCUACCAAGAUGAGAUGCAUUUCCCAUCCAAUACGAACCCACUCACGCAGUCCAACCCAAGGGACUGGUCCAAUCUGUUCAGCCCGCCCAUCGUACUGCCCAGUGAGAAGAUCAAAGCAGAUCAUGAGGCAGCGAUACUAUCGCCAGGCAAAGACAUGCCCACAGCUUUCCGAACAGACAAGGCCAGGACCAAGUCCACCAGUAGUGAUGACCCGGGCAGGGCGUUCACAGAGAGCGAAGAGGAUGAAGAGCUGGACUUGCUGUAUGAUCCCUGCUUGAACUGCUACUACGAUCCGAGGACGGGCAAAUAUUACGAGCUCAAAUGAGCAGUGUUGUAGUAGUUUUACUGGUACUCGAGUACAUUUCUGGUACUUAUAUUACAUUCAUGAGAAUGUACUCGUACUCGUAGUCACACACACAAAAAUAGCUGUACUGUUACUCAAACUUGUACUCAUGGCAAAGUUCUCGUACCAUACUCUUGAAAAUAUUUUCCUGUAGGAAUUUUAACAUUUUUCAGAGAAGUAGUUAGGAAUUUUAGGAGUAAGAAAAAAACUUGCUCAAAGCGAAGGUCGGGCUACUCAUACUGGUACUCAUGGCAAAGUUCUCGUACAAUACUCUUGAAAAUAUUUUCCUGCAGGAAUUUUCCCAUUUUUCAGAGAAAUAGGCAUUUUAGGAGUAAGAAAAAUACUUGCUCAAAGCAAAGGUCGGGCUACACAUACUGGUACUCAUGGCAAAGUUCUCGUACCAUACUCUUGAAAAUAUUUUCCUGCAGGAAUGUUAACAUUUUUCAGAGAAAUAGUUAGGAAUUUUAGGAGUAAGAAAAAAACUUGCUCAAAGCGAAGGUCGGGCUACGCCCAAUACCCUGAGAAAUGGUGAUGUUGGGGGG